CUACACAGCACCAAAUCACUCCAGCGACGACUCGACGUGAGCAAAGGAAUUCUAUACAACACAGAACACAGCAUGCCAUCAAGUUGCAAGGAACUCCGGGCUGAGCUGGUGGAAUGCGUUCUCAAGUCUAACUGCGUGCUUGUCGAUGGACUCACUCCACAGGAAUGUCUCCGGGCCGAGAACGAAUACAGAGUCCCGGCCGAGUGCGCAGCCAUCAAAAGGAGCUUUUUCGAGUGCCGACGUGGAAUGCUGGAUAUGAGAAACAGAUUCCGAGGCAACAAGUCAUAACGGGACGGACUGCAGGAUAAGGAAACAAUCGAGUUCCCUGGAGAAACUUGUGGCGCUGGAUUUUUAUGGAUAUCGCCAGCAAGGUUGACCUGGAUUUUGCCCAACUUUUUACAACAGUCAUUCAAACCCCCAUAGAUUGUAAUAUUAGCCAUGUGAAAAUGAAAAUUUAUUCAUUGAACCCCAAUUACAGUCGAUUUCCUUCCUUAC